AUGAGUUCAGAAUCUCAGCUGCAGCAUGAUCAAAUUGCUGAAGAAAUCACAAAAAUUACUAAAGAGCUUAAUACCCUAAAAUGCACAACAGAAAAUCAGCUUGGUUUCACCUGGUUUGGAGUUCAAACCUUAUAUGAUAAAGUCCUAGAAAUAAAAUAUUGCGCACAAUCCUAUGUAGACAAACACCAUCUCUCAAAAGACCAAUUUUUUUCAGGCUUAUUAAGCCAAAUAAAUGAACUUUUAGCUUGUGUUGAGAUAGAAAGAAGGUCUUAUAGCUUAGCAAUUAAAGAAAAUGAGAUAGAAGACAUCAAUCAUGUCAAUGAAAUCAAUUCGGUAGAUAAAGAUUUUUAUGAAGCCAUGGAUAAGUUGGAAGAGUCAAACUUGAAAAUUUCGCUGGUGAAGGAAAAAUUGUCAAUGCAAAUUAAUGAAAACAGAUUGCUGGAGCUGAAAAACAGGAGUCUUGAAGAGGAAAAUAAGAAACUUAGAGAAGAAAUUGAUGAGAUAAGGAGAAAUUUAACAUCGGAAGUCAACAAUUAG